AUGGUGCAUAGAGACGUUAAAAGUACAAAUAUAUUGUUGGACGAUCGAUUCACCGCCAAAAUUGCGGAUUUCGGGCUUUCAAGAUCUUCCCAACUCGGAGAUGAAUCUCACAUUUCGACUGCUGUUGCUGGUACUCCUGGAUAUCUUGAUCCUGAAUAUUACAGAACAGGUCGGUUGGCGGAAAUGAGCGAUAUCUAUAGUUUCGGGAUUGUGUUAUUGGAGAUAAUCACAAACCAACGCGUGCUUGAUCAAACUCGCGAACAGCCACACAUAGCGGACUGGACAGCGUUUAUGCUAAACAGAGGAGAUAUUACCAAAAUCAUGGAUCCUAACCUUCAUGGAGAUUACAACUCUCGUUCUGUGUGGAGAGCUCUUGAACUGGCUAUGUUGUGUGCAAACCCUUCUUCAGACAAACGACCAAACAUGUUCCAAGUUGUUAUCGAGCUAAAAGAGUGUCUGACUUCUGAAAUCUCGAUGCAAAACAAGAAUCAAGACAAGGACUCUCAAAGUUCCUCUGAAGUGAGCAUUGACAACAUGGAUGUGCCCAGCGCAAGGUAG